UUCACAUUUGACCGCUGUAGUACAAUGGUUAAUUGACACCUGAAUUUCAAUGAUUCCAAUAAUCUCAUAACAAUGUUCAUAAGACGUCGAAAAUAUCCCGAGCUGAUUGAGGCGUGUGCAGCUGUGUCUCUUGUGUGUUUGAUAAUUGUGUCGGCAUCCCUCGCUACUCAGGAAUGGACAACUGCAACAGCUUCAGUUGUUGACAAAGUCGAAGGGGUUAAAGAUUCCACUGUUAAAUAUGGACUUUUUGCGGGGACUUUAAUCAGGAGGAUUCUAGACAGUCCGAAAUCGUAUGAUAUCUAUCUUACUUGCUUGGUGAAUGAAAAUGUAUGUGCUUGGAGUUGCCUUGCCGAUGCAGAUUCGAGAGAAAAAGAACUCGAGCUCCUUUUCAACAAGGAAAUCCCGAAAUUUAAUUGUCCGUCAGUGUCGGCAUCAAGAACUUUGCAGUCGAGAUUGGCUCGCGACGAUAAUAGCACUAACACGUCAACUAAUGGUACAUACACAGGGGAGUUCCUCAACGCUGGAAUGUUCUACAGCACUUUAUCCGCGGUGAUAUUCACUCUGAUUACUCUAUUUCUUCUAUUCGUUUUAUCCGUGGUAAAUUGCAUUAUGUGCCCGAAAGAUUCGACCCUGAACACAGCGGGCAUGGCUAUCUUAGCUAAUGUUGCCUUCGGAGCUAAUCUACUUGGAGUGAUUCUUUAUGCGUGCAAUUAUAGCAUUUGGAUAAAGGAUAAUAUUGGGAUUAGAGAUACUAUUGUGGAUGAGUACAGAUCGACCGCAACACUUGGAUAUUCAUUUUGGAUCUUCAUGUGCACCUGCUUUCUAAUUCCUCUAAUCGCAGUCUUCAUUUUUACAAGGAAUGGCUUGCUGAGACAGGAUAGGGCCGAAACCGUGAUUAUUGUAGCCCAGGUCAAUGAUCCAACGACAGUUCUUUAUUAGAGAAAGAAUUAUUGUGAUGUAAUUAAGUUCGACAAAAUAAAAUGUUGGAAAUUUA